GUUAGGCAAGAAUUCAACAUGCAGAGAUUUCCUCCAUUGGUAAUAGGCAAAUCUGGUUUUUCUGGAAAUUAAGAGAGUAAAUGUUUCCGAUACUGAGAGCUGUAGGCUCUCUGUCACCACCACUCAGUGCUGCCUUUAUAAUGCUACAGUCACACAACCUUGUGAUCAUCGACAGGACAAAGUACCAGACACGAAGAUGUCCAAUAAAACAGCUUUUAGAAAGCAGGCAGGGGUGGAUCUGGCCAAAGCCCUCUAGGUCCUAGCUCUGUGCCCCCAGCAAGGCAGCCCAGUCGCAGUGUGAUUGGGUGGGGCGCGUGGGGCUUCUGAAGAGCCAGGCGCGCACUCGGGCGAAGGUGAGAGCGCCGAAAAGUUGGUGUCCAAUCAGCACAGAGUUGAGAGCUCGUGCCCCAACCUUCAGGUGACCCCGCGCGGCGGUGGUGGCAGCAGCGGCAGCGGCAGCAGGAGUCAGAAGCAGCAGCGGCUGCAGCGCCCAAAGCCCGUAGCGGCUUGGAGCGCCUCCGGGAGGACAGGCGGCGAGCUCGGAGGAUCGUCAUCGGCUAGCCGACAGAGAGCAUCGGCGGCCAGGGGCGAGCGAGCUGGCACGAGGCUUCCUCGGCUCAGUGCUCCGCAACACUGUUGCAGGCUGGGCUCGGGGCAGUCCCCGAGAGUGCGGGCCGGCGCCACCGCCUUUGAACGCUGGGGGUGUGCGUGGCAGCGGCCGCGGUGGCGGCGGCGGCGGCGGCGGCGGCCGGAGCGGCGAGUCGAUGCCGCCCGGGCUGCGCUUCGCCCAGGCAGCUUUGGCGGCGAGGGCGCCCAUGGCUCAGGAUGAGACUGGGGGUCACGCUGCUCGCCCUGGUAACCAGCCUGAUGCUGCUGCUCCUGCUGCGUCUGUUCUGGUGCCCGGUAGACACGUCCGCCCGCUCCAGGCAGUUGGUGGAGGAAAGCAGGGGGGACACCCGCGGCGCCUCGACAGCACUGAGGACGACGCUCAGGAGCCCCACCACCCCAGUACCACGCACCAGGAACAGCACAUAUCUGGAUGAGAUGACACCCAAACUGACAGACAAUUGCAAAAAUCUACAAUAUAGCUUGAAGUCUUUAUCUAACAAAACGAGACGGUAUUCAGAGGACGACUAUCUGCAGAUCAUCACAAACAUCCAGAAAUGCCCAUGGAGACGGCAUGCACAAGAAUAUGAGAAUUUCAGAGCAAAGCUGGCUUCCUGUUGUGAUGCAGUGCAGUACUUCGUGGUUUCCCAGAACAACACUCCAGUGGGGACAAACUUGAGCUAUGAGGUGGAAAGCAAGAAGCAAAUUCCCAUUCGAGAGAACAUUUUCCACAUGUUCCCAGUGUCCCAACCUUUUGUGGGCUACCCUUUUAACCACUGUGCAGUGGUUGGUAAUGCAGGAAUUCUGAACAAGUCUCUCUGUGGAGCCGAAAUUGAUAAAUCUGACUUCGUUUUUAGGUGUAACCUCCCCCCAAUCACAGGGAAUGUUACGGAAGAUGUUGGAAACAAAACGAAUCUUGUGACUAUCAAUCCCAGCAUCAUAGCCCUGAAAUACAAGAACUUGGAGGGGAAAAUAGAAAAGUUUCUGAAGGAUAUUUCCAACUAUGGAGACGCAUUCCUUCUCCUGCCAGCCUUUUCUUUCAGGAUCAACACAGGCAUCUCUUUUAAAGUCUACCAAACCCUCAAGAAGUCUAAUGCUAGGCAAAAGGUUCUCUUCUUCCACCCCAGGUACCUGAGACAACUUGCUUUUUUCUGGAGAACUAAAGGGGUGACAGCAUUCCGCUUGUCCACAGGCUUGAUGAUCGCAAGUGUCGCCAUAGAACUGUGUGAGAAUGUGAAACUCUAUGGAUUCUGGCCGUUCUCUAAGACUAUAGAUAAAACACCUCUCAGUCACCACUACUACGACAACAAGUUACCUAAGCGUGGUUUCCACCAGAUGCCCAAAGAAUAUAGCCAGAUGCUCCAGCUCCAUAUGAGAGGGGUUCUCAAACUGCACUUUGGCAAAUGUGAAAUACCUUAAAGUUUUUAAUGUGAGAAUAAUUUCAGUAGGGUGUGAUAUAUGAGUCAUGGUGUCACCAAACACUGAGGGAGGAAGGAACAGAGAAUGGGGGUUUACAAAAGAGCUCCUCAACUUGGCUAGACCAAAGCUGCCCCUAACUUUGCAGCCUCCACUAGCCACUCAUUCCAAUCAUCGACUUUCUCUGAAAAUGGAGCUCAUGGUAUCAGACUCAGACAAGUAAAAUGAGAGAAUUUUUUAAAGCCUCUCGGCAUAGGAUUUGAUUUGAGGCAGGGACUCACUGAAUGUUUCCUUGUUACUAUUUGUAAUAGCCAUUUCCACUUUUACCAGAGUGGUAAUGAAACUGAGCCAAAGACCCUUUCUGAAGAGAAUGGCUGAAUCAGGAGUACUCAUUGAUUUCUUAGGCACAGCUCUUCCUUUAUUAAUAAUAUCUUACCAUUAUCCUCUCUCUCCUAAAAGAGUACUUACAAGAAAAUGUCAUUAAACAAGAAAGUGUUGGUUAUUCGGGAAGAAAAUUCUUUUACUUGGCAGUGUGCCUGCUUUUGAUUCAGUUCACUUAAGACAUUAGCUGCAUUGGGGUAUUGUUUGGAUUUGGGUCAUUUCUUAGUGUCUUUUGUCUACAUGUUCAUUGCCUUUAUCAUUUUAUACUAACUUCCUGCUUGAAGGUUUUGCCACCACCCCCACCCCCACCACUCAAAGGGUCCACUCAAUGAUAUAAGUAGUUACAACACUCACCCCUUCUCACCUGAUAUCUUGUCCAUGGAGCUACUCAUCUGAUUCUUAAAAAUACUGAACAACUCUUUGAUGUCGAGCCCUGGGACCAUACUCUGUGGGAGGGUAUGAAGAUAUUGCCACUGGGAGAAAAACAGGUCCACAUCAUUCAUUGAUAAGAUACCACAAUCAUCAUCAUGGCAGUUAAAAACACAGUGCUGAAAGGAUCAUAGACAGGAAUAGUUAAAUCUAUUCUAGUAGAAUCAACUUCAAUGUAACUGUUUCGGAGAAGAGGUGGUUCCAGAAUUAAAACUAGGAAAUAGUUCUUAGCAAAUGAAGAAGUUUCAAGGUGGAUGGGGUGUAAUAGGAACAGAUUACUGUUCCCUUGAUUGAAGUGUGCUUGAAGGUAUAACGGAACGCUGUCCUUAAAACUCUAUAUUGGGAGAGAGUAUAGUGUGUGAGGGUGAUGACUUUUGCCCACACCUGUGAAGUAGGAGUAAUUCAGACCCAGUUACUUCAAAAGGAAGACUUAGGAUGCAAACAUCUAUCAUAUUUCUCUAGGAAAAGAUGAAUGUUUCCAUGAAAAAAUUACACAGAUAAGUAUCAGUCUAGAGUAAAAUUUGAGUAAACAUUAAAUCUGAGUAUUUUACAGUCCUUGCUGAUAUCCCAAUGAUACCCCUUAAUGUAUGUCAUAAUAUAUUUAUUGUUAUUUGACUUAAUAAGUAUUCAUGCUUAUCCGUGGAUAUUCACAGAUAGGAAUAUUGAAGAUGAUGUCCACAUGCCAAGAUAACUAUAAAUUUUAUUUUUAAUUCUAACCUAAGCCAGCUUGUUGUAUAUCAAAUGCUUUUUUUGAGGGAACACUGUGCUGUGAAUUCUUCAUUCUGAUGUAGUAUAACCUUGCAUUUGACAUCUGUGGUGUUAUUUCAAGUUUAUAUUUCUUUUCUUUUAUAGCAAAUUAAACUAAUUAGCUUUAUAAAUUUAUCAAAGAUUCUUAUAUAAAUAUUUUUCAAAAGGUAAAAGGGUUUUUGUUACAUAAAAUCAAGUUUAUUUAUUAUCUUCCUUCUUCUGGUGAAUAGAGGCUCUUUUAUGCUGCUGCUAAUGGAUUUAAUUAGCUUUAAAUAUCUCCUAGCAACAUUGGUCAUGUUUCAGUCAUGCUAUUUGCAAAGAAAUAUUUUUUAAAGUAGAUCAGAAAACUAUCAUUUUUAUAGUUAAUAAAAAUUUUUCUCAAAAUAUUUUGUGGCUAGUAGAAACAAAGUCUUUUUGAUAGUAAUGGAAAUACAUGAUUGAUUAAACAAAAGUAGUAGACUAUACUUACUUAAAUUAUUAAAUAAUGUGGAGAUGUUACAAAAUGUAAUAGCAAAAAAAAAUGUAUCUUGUCAGAAAGUUUUGAACUUAGUGUUUUCCCAUAUAAGAUGUUAUUUUAACUCAGGCGAUUUUAAAUAUCAAAAAAUAACUUCAGUGUCACAUAAAUUUCAGAAAUUCUCAAGAUAACAUGAGGUUAAUGAUCAUGAUGAUAGCCAUGUUUCAACAAAAAUUCAGUAGAAAAAAAAACAUUCUUGAAACUUUUGUAUAGAAAAGCACAGUACUCUACAUGCAAAUUAUUGAUUCAUUUCUUGUUUCACAUUUGUGUCAUAUUUGUGUUGUUAAACCUGAUUGUGUUUGAAAUUUUCCCACAAUUCUACCUGGGUGGACAUAAGCCUUAUUUAGAAGAGUCCCUGAGAUUUCCUGAGUCCUAAAGUCAGAUCUCGUGUUGCCUAGACCACAGAGCUACAAGAUGGAGUUCAUACCUUUUUUGUGUGCUUUGAUCAUAGUGUGAAACUUGCAGCAAUUCACUGCCAUGGAACAAAAAUAACUCUGACAAUAUUUUGCAGUUCCCAAAACUGAUAUGUUGUUUAUAAAAACUCAAGUUUUGCAUUUUGCAUUGGAUGCAUUGAAUGCCACCAGCAUGUCUCCAACACAGUCCUACUUUGAAUCUAUUUCUCAUGUGAAUCUGCAGUUGUGAUUUUGCCGUACAUUGGGGCUUCUGGCUGUUACUCAAACUCUCUUUAGAAGAGUCCACAUUUAACAAGAAUGGGUGGCUCAUUUACAUCUAGACAUUUACUAACUGGGCAAUCAUGACUUUCCCUUUAUUCCCUUGUGAUCUGACCAUAUGCACCUUUGUUCCCAAAACCAACAUUACUAGAAACAAUAAAAGAUGCUAGCAUAUGAAUUGUGAUAAUUCAGGUAUAUCAGCUACAUAGUUUGUAAAGGAAAACUCAGUUCUUUUUGUUUCUUAAUAGUGGAUAAUAUUAUCUUGAUCUUCCACUAAGAUCAACACACAAAAAACGACCAUCAUCUGCCUAUAGGCUUUUAGGUCAACCAUAUCAAAUCUGAUAACACUGUCAAGGAGGAUUGAAUUUGUCUAGGUGGAUUUGAUAUUCUGCUACUAAAUUCCAGUCCAUCUCUAGGCUUUAAAGAUAGAUAGCCUGGAUGCUAGUGCUAGGUAAUGGUAGACUUUCAGUUAGGAGUUUUAAGAUAGCACAUGCCUUGUGGUUCUAAGAGAAAUACUAGCUUUCUUGAUUUUAUUUUUUCUGUUUGUCAUUUGGCAUCACUGGACAAUGUAACAGAACAAUAAAAUUCUAAAAUAAUUUCUCAACAAAUCCAAGGGAAAAUCAGAAAUACAUAGUAAGCUCAUCAGUGACAGUGUUGCAUGUGAGAAGGACUCUGUGGAUGAAGGUGUAGUUGUCCUUUUUUAACUCUCAAGAAAGGCAAAGUCAGAGCAUAAGUUUCAUGAAAAAUUUCAUGCUACAUGUAAAUUUAAACCUAAUAAAUGUAUUGAAUUUCAACAGUUAAUCAAGGGUAUUUUUCCCUGAGAGAUUUCUUUUUAGAGAAUACUUAAUUGGGCCAUAAAUCAGACAUACUUUUGCUUAGAACCUUUUUCCACGUUUACAAAAAAAAUCUUGCUAGUUAAAUGCUGUGUCUUGUCAACUAUUCUGAAUCAUGCUAGGAAAUUGAGGAAACUUGGGGAAUUUUUUUAAAAACUGUAAAACAGGUAUGCUAUUGUCUUAAAUCUAUUGCAGAAAUAUAGUUUUGAUGUGACACAUACAAUAUUUUAUUUGCAUAACAUUAUAUGAAAAUAUUAUUUUGCUAUUAAACAUUGAAGACAUUGCAAGAGUGUGUUAUAUCUGUAGACAUAAGAAUGCUUAAUCCAAAAAUCCAGAUUGUUUAAUAUUUCCUGUUUAUGUGUGGUUCUGAAAGCUGGAUAAAAACCUCUUGACUUUUAUUUUUCUGAGUUAUUACUCUUCUAGAAUCAUGCUUUUUAAUAAAAAUAUUCAAGUAGUGAAUGAUAAAGAUGCAAUGCUUAUAUAAUGGAGACAGUCAAACUCUUUCUUAAAAAUUAAUUUAUUUAAUUUGUUUUAUGUACAUUGGUGGUGUUUUACCUGGGUGUAUGUCUAUGUGACGAUGUCAGAUCCCCUGAAACUGGAGGUAGAAACAACUGUGGGCUACCAUGUGGGUGCUAGGAACUCUUAAUGCUCUUAACUAAUGAACCAUCUCUCUAGCCAUGACAGACAGACAAACUCUUUAAAAGAGAGUCUUUGAACACAUAUCUUUACAUGGAAAGAAAUGUAUACCUACACAACAAACACCAUGGGAGAUGAGAGUUGAGCUCUAGAUAGAUUAGAGGAUAUCAGAGUAACAGCAUAAAGCUAAAAGAAAAAAUACGUAGUUAAGGAUUGUACUUCUGCAGUCACCAAAGGUAAUAUUUUAAGUAAUUAAGUUAACAAAUGACAGAUGUGGCUCUAUAUGUCCACUCAUUAAAUUACAUCUCAAUACUCAGACUCAUGACAGACAUUUCAGGGGACUGCAUCAGCAAAUAAAAAUUAAAAUGAGCAAAUGUUAAUGUGGAUAUGGUUUACAAUGGAAAAACCUGGAUAGCUGAUAAGAACAAGAAAUAGUCAAACUGACUCAUAAACUGAGAAGUGAAAAUUGAAAUAAUGCUACAUCCGUUUUAUUGAUAACAGUCAGUGACACCAUUAAUGCCUAGUGUUGCUAGAUGUAUAAAUUAAUUCAACAUUUUGGAAAGCAGUUUAGAAAUGCUGAGCAAAAUUCAUCCCACAGCUAUCUUAUGACCCACUCACCUCACUUUAGGAUUUAUGUGCCAGAGAACUUCCAGGAGACAAAUACUGAGACAGACAAUUAGACAUAAGAACUUUCCAUCUUGGAAAACUAAUGAGUUAAGUUUGGUGGAUACAUAAUAAGAAAAAUAAUACAAAUGUUAGAAGCAACUUUCUAUAUACAGAGAGAAUAGGUCUUAAAAUUUUAUCAUAAAGGAGAAAUGAGCUUUAUCAAUGUCAUUCUGUUACUCUAAAGUAUAUACUUUAUAUCAAGGCCAUAUGUCAAAUACAAGAAGUGUGUCCACUUAGGAGACGGUAAUGGGGGUGGGCUGAGGGAUAAACAUGUCACCACACAGCCAUGGGCACAUACAUUCUUAUUCUCACAUAAAGUAUUUUACUAACAUAAAAAUAGAAUCUGAGACACAAAAGUGUAAGUAAUUUACAUAAAGUUACAUUAUAGGAGUAAAGGUAGCAUCUAAACUGUCACAUCUGAUUAUAAAGCCAUUUCUCCCCAGUAUGCAAGUACUGAGGGAAAGGAAAACCCAAGGCCAUUGACUGUAACUGAUAUAUAACUGUCUGAGUAUAUUGAAAGUGUACAACUUGCAAAGUUUUGACCUGUGCAUACUCAUAAAGCCAUCUCCACUAUCAAUAUGCACAUCCAUUUGCCCCAAAACAUUUCCUUGUGCUAAUUUGUAAUCAGUUUUUCUUACUGUUGAUGUUUCUACCCUUCUUCCUAAGAACUCUGGAUCUGCUUUUCUAUAGACUAGCUUACAUUUUUACAAUAUAGACUGUUUACAUUUUCUUAGAAUUUUGUACAACAAAAUCAUGGUAUUACGUACAUUCAUGUGGUGUCUUACUCUUUUUCUCAAAAUGAUACUAUGAAGAUUGAUUUUUGUUUGUGUAUCUGUAAUUUAUUUCUUUAUUUUCUGGGUAGAAUACUGUUAUGUAAUCAGUUUUUACACUCACCUGUUUAUAUACAAUUUUGUUUUCCAGUGGUUAUGGAUGCUUCUAAUAAAUUUAUC